AUGGCCAACUCUCGAUUUCACGUGGAUAAUUUCCGCCCCUAUGGGAGACAUAACAGGAAAGCCCCUUCUCUGCACCAUCAAAAGACUGCCUCGCGAUACCCAACCCCAACAUCCAUCACUGAAUUCCCCCUUUCCCCGACUUCUGCUUGCCCUCCCUCUCCAAAUGCACAGACUUCCUUUACCAGGACACGUUCCCAUACCCGUGCUCAGGCCCUUGUUCACCCACUUCCAGUCCGUCCACCAGUGGAGGUGUGCGCACACCCACGCCUGCCACAGCCUCCUUCCAGACUCUCUCACACCCGUUAUGUACAGGCUCCUGAGGAACAUUCUAGUUCUUCUGCGGGAUCUCAUGUCAUGACGGUGCCGGACCCGACGACUAUGACACUGGAACCACAAGAGCAGUCUCCGUCACCACCUCAGUCACCACCCGAUUCCAAUCUGAAUGACACUGAUCCUUCCACCAGCUGGCUCUCAGUCGUCGAUGACUACCCAAUUACUGAAAUCACGCCGCACUGCGUAACUGAUUAUGGCCCUAUAUCAUAUCCCACCAGAUCGGAAACAAUUCUUCCAAUCGACCCGGCGAUACUCGCCGAUGAGACGCCUUGCGCAUUGACAUUCGGCCGGCAAGAUAGUGGUGUUAGCGGUUUCAUAUCCCCCGAUGAGUUUUCACAAGAAUCAGACUCUGUACGGGACCACUUUGCAAGCACUCCCAAUCCUCAGCCUGAACAACAGAGUACCAGUCCGGGAGCUGCUCCCUUGUACGAUCCAUUUGAUCAACAGACUCAUCUUUCGCAUGCUCAUACAGCCGAACUAGAAACUGGCACGGCAUCCACGUUGCAACCCACUUGCGGUGACGGUAGCCAAGACCUAUCAUCCAAUAAGAGACGGACUGUACCAGAGUACAAUUCAGGACAGCCAUCCAAAAGAGUUUGCGCCCGCACCACGCCAAACGAGAAUGUGAACACGCCUCUCAUUCCUACGCUUUGUUCUUAUUUCUUGACAGCGCCUGUGGACGACCGGUUGGAGUUUCUUUCCUGGCUGUUCGAUGGUGCGCUUUCGCAGUGCAUGUCUGGAUUUCCAACCACUCCGACGUCCUCAUUGAACAAAGCCCGGAUCAAAGGGACUGGCCGCCGUGGCCGUCAAACACGACAACUUGUUCCGACGGCUUCCGAAAGUGUCCCGUCCUCGGCGAAAGGCCGGAAGGGCAUGUCAUGGGAGCCGGAGGAAAUUGACCUUUUGGUUCAGCUGAGGAGAGUAGAAAAGUUGCCAUGGUCGGACGUGGUGAAGCGCUUGACGGAACGGUUUCCUGGGAGGACAGCAGGGUCGAUUCAGACACCACACAUGACCCCUCCAGGAAAACGCCGAACAUCUCCCUAUUAUAAUUAA